GCUGCAGCGCAGAAGAUAUGCGCGCGCCCGUUCUCGACGCAUUACGGUAGACCAAACUGUCCUCAAACACAUCGCCAACACAAGAGACAAGCAGAGUAAUUCAACACUGAUUUCUCUGCGAAUGAGCGAGGAACAGACGAGAUGCCAAAAACUCCAGCGAGAAGUAUUAUUGGGACUUUAGGAAAACUCACCGUGUGACUAACUGAAAGAAACAGAGAAGACCUGAAGCGACGAGGAGACGUAAAGAGCCGCGUGCUUGUUCUUCAUGAACUUUGAGGAGCGCUGUGACCAUGCAGCCUUUGAGCUAGUGCACGAUUAUUGUUUCCACUUAUCACCCUACUGAGUGACCAGUCUGAGAGAGGAAGCCAGUCAAAAAAGGAAAGGAAGACUAAUAAAGGCAGUUGUCGUUGAAAGUAAUGGUCUGAAGGCGACACUCAUAGAACAGGAUUUUUUCCUUUUUUUUUUUUUUUUUUUUUUUUUGCGUUGCUCUUCUGAAGGUUUCUGGAAUCACUGGGACGUUGACGAGAGCUGGAGGGACACAUCCACAUGGUCCAGCCGUAGAGUGAAAGUAGAGUUCUUCACAAUAUCCGAACAGGUGCCACGUGAUGAUGGUAGAAUCAGCAACUGAGACCAUUCGAACAACACCCUCCAAUCAAAAUGGAGUCAGCAGCCUAAGCAGCCAAUCAGACGGCGGAGGAAGAGAGGGUGGGUCCAACGGUGACACCACUGGGGAGAUCAGUCCGGUGGAUUUACUGCAUCUUCAACAGCAGCAGGCCCUCCAGGCAGCACGCCAGUUCAUCCUCCAGCAGGCCACAGGACUCAACUCCCCCAGCAGCAACGAGGUCAAACAGAGCCCCGUGCAGGUGCCGGUAUCCAUGGCGAUGAUGACCCCACAGAUGAUAACUCCUCAGCAGAUGCAGCAGAUCCUCUCUCCACCUCAGCUCCAAGCUUUACUCCAACAGCAACAAGCCCUUAUGUUGCAACAGCUGCAGGAGUACUACAAAAAGCAACAGGAGCAGUUGCACCUCCAACUCCUUACCCAGCAACAGCAAGCAGGGAAGCAGGCCAAAGAGCAGCAGCAGUUGGGAAAUAAACAGUUGGCUUUCCAGCAGCAGCUGAUUCAGAUGCAACAACUACAGCAGCAACACAUUUUGAAUCUACAAAGACAGGGCCUGGUGAACCUACAGCCGGGACAAGGAGCAGUACCCAUUCAGAGCCUGCAGCAAGCCAUGUGUCCCACGGACCUGCAGCAGUUGUGGAAGGAUGUGGCCUGUGUUCAGAGCACAGAGGAGGCCAUGAAACACGAGGGCCUCGACCUGACCACCAACAGCUCCAACACUACCUCAUAUUCAGCCUCCAAGGUCUCACCUCAAAUUCCCCAUCAUCCUUUGCCAAAUGGACAGAACUCUGUUCACACUCCAAAGAGAGACAGAGCAAGACUCUUUGAGUGGAUCUCGUCCUUCACCAAGGAGUCCAGUGACGAGCAUCUCAUGCCUUAUUCCAAAGGCACUUCCCUGCAGAGCACUCACUCAACCCACGAGGAACACACGGCCUCCCACCCACUCUACGGACACGGCGAGUGCAAGUGGCCUGGCUGUGAAGCGCUUUGCGAGGACAUGGGCCAAUUCAUCAAGCACCUGAACAGUGAACACGCCCUGGAUGAUCGCAGUACGGCCCAGUGCAGGGUCCAGAUGCAGGUCGUUCAACAGCUGGAGAUACAGCUGGCCAAAGAGAGCGAGCGUCUGCAGGCAAUGAUGACCCACCUGCACAUGCGUCCAUCAGAGCCAAAGCCUUUCAACCAACCUUUGAACCUGGCCUCCAGUGUGUCGCUGUCAAAAAGAGAAAGUGAGGGGUUUCCUGAGGGCUUGCCUCAUCCCCCCACCUCUGCCGCAACUCCCAUCACCCCCAUGAGGCAGGGACCCUCCGUCAUCAGCUCCUCCAGCCUGCACGGAGUCGGGCCCAUCCGUCGGCGCAACUCCGACAAGUUCUGCACCCCCAUCGCUUCAGAACUUGCACAGAAUUGUGAAUUCUACAAAAACGCUGAUGUCAGGCCUCCAUUCACCUACGCCUCCCUCAUACGACACGCCAUUCUGGAAACCCCUGACCGACAGCUGACUCUAAACGAGAUCUAUAACUGGUUUACACGAAUGUUCGCCUAUUUCAGGAGAAACACAGCAACAUGGAAGAAUGCUGUGCGCCAUAACCUGAGUCUGCACAAGUGCUUUGUGCGGGUCGAGAACGUCAAGGGUGCUGUUUGGACCGUGGACGAAGCGGAAUACCAAAAGAGGAGACCACCAAAGAUGACCGGAAGUCCCACUCUCGUGAAGAAUAUGAUUUCUGGGCUGGGAUUUGGCUCCCUGAAUGCCAGCUAUCAGGCUGCACUUGCGGAGAGCAGUCUUGGUCUUCUGAACAGCCCCACCCUGAUGAACAACAGCACGGGUGCGAGCCUCAACAUGCUGCAUGUCGGCCACGAUGAUGUCAGCAGCACUGUUGAACAAGUCAACAGUAAUGGCAGCUGCAGCCCUGGCCUUUCUCCGCAGCAGUAUGGACACCAAGUCCACGUGAAGGAGGAGCCAGCCGAGAUGGAGGAGGACAGCAGACCCGUGUCCCUCAUGGCAUCUGUCACUCAAAACCUGAGCAUGCCUGGCGAUGAGCGCGACAUGGAUGAGGAGCUUCCCACAGAGGAGCUGGAGUAGGAGCUCGCUGGCCCUGGCCCUCCCUCGUAUUCAAGAUGUUCAAGAUCAAGUGAGAAAACAAAGAUAAAAAAACCAACUACAACUUCAGAAACCAAAACAGGGUUAGACCUCAUCAGCUCCUAAUGCAAAAACACGUCCCCCACUCCACCCUUCAUUUUUUGUUUCCUCAGUCAGUCCCCUCGAGCAGCUGUGCGUUCAUGUCCUCCUGUACUUUGAAUCACGGUCUGAUAGAAGCACAGACCACCGUGUCUAAAGCUACUGAUGGAAACCUGACGUCAGUUUACAAGCUUAGUCAUUUGUUUCCCUCAAGGUUUCUCUAUUUUAAAUCUUUUUUAGCUUUAAUGUUGAUGUUCUUUGGGCCCUAAGAGCACUGCUUUUCCAUGGGAUAAACACACAGCGGUGAUUUACCUCAGAAAGAUGAAAAAAAGAGGAAAAAGAUGACAAACACACAUCUUUAGAACGACUUCUGCUUUCAACCAGAUUUUUGUACUUGUUCAAGAGGAUGCUGCAAGACUCACAGAUAAAUUCACCACUCUCGACAAAGGCAAAGACUGAAACAAAAUGAGCUGAAAGACUGGCAACGUUGUCCCUGGCCAUUUGACCAACUCCUGUUUUUUUUUUUUUUUGUCUCCCUUCCAUGACUGGACUAGAGAAACGGGGAGCGCGUUUUGUCUCGAGGUAGUGUUAGCAGAUGCUUGCGCUGUCCCUGUCUUUAUCUGAUGCUAUCCACAAGACUACCAGAACGUGUUUUCCCCCCUCGCUCUUUGUCAAACUAAACAUAGAAUAUGUUGCUACCCCCAAAAAAGGCGUUUUUCAGGAAAAGGAGCUCUUUGGCUGUUGUUCUCCUGUGGUGCUGUUAUAACAGCCAGACUGAUAUGAGGCUUGUGGAGGACCAGCUUAGAGACUUUAUUGACUGUAUUGUUGAUUAUAAUACAUAAUAUGUGUGCAGUA